UCCCCGCUGCAUCAAUCCCGCACUGCCAUGGUCACUGAUCUCCUCCUCGCCCCCACUCCCGCACCCGUAGAAAGAGCAGCUAGAAGCUGGCUACGAUUUUGAUCCACUAGCGCAUAGUACAUGGAUAGCAGUAGCAUCGAGCCGCAGCAGAAAGGAGACCGCGUCAUGGAGGUGCCGGAGGUCGACGGAGACCUGCUCGUCGAGCUCCUGGACGCGUCCCUCGCCGCCGAGGAUGCAGGCAGCCCUCAGCUCGGCUUCGCGGCCGACGUCGACGGCGGCGACUGCUGGAUGGGCAGCUACGAACUGAACGGCGCCAUCCACACGCACCAGGACUGCGAUCUCGACGCCAUCCUAUCCGACUUCGAGGAGUACGGGAGCCCGCGGCAGCGGCAGCGGUACGGGCCGGCGCCGUACGCCGUCUUCGACGACGACGACACCCUGGAGUGGGCGGAGACGGCCGACGCCGGCAUGGGCCCGUUCACCGGUGGGUGCAUGGGGGACUGGUACAUGGACGGCAUGGUCAUGGCCAUGGAGUGGGAGGAGGAGUGGCGCGAGGGGAGCGCCUUCUCGUUUGGGCCCUGCUAUGGCGGCGAGGCUGGCGCGGAGCAGGUGUACGGCGGCCCGCUGUGGGAGUGAUCCAACUUGUGGAGUUGUGCCCACUUGUUGUAAGUGUUUAGUAGAAGUGCUCAGUACUAGUAGAUGUGUGCCGCACUGCCCCCUGUAACCAGGGGCCGAUCUAGAAAAUAAAAAUAUGGGUAACUUUCUCCUCAA